CACGUCUACACCAAAUCAAUUUGGAGUGCUUUGAGUAGCAAAAUUGUCAAAUUAUAUAUUUUUCACUAGUCUCCCUUGAUCGGCGCACCUCACCUACUUUACUAUAGAAUUAGACUUGAAAUUUUACGAACAACAAUUCGAAAACAGAAAGGAAAAAAUUGAAACCCUGACAUUAAAUGGAUCCUUCUAUAUCUUGGGACUCCUUGCGAAAACAGGCAAGGAAACUCGAAGCACAACUCGAUGAACAGAUGCAUUUAUAUCGAAAAUUAGUAUCAAGAAAAAUUGAUAAUACUAAUGAUAAUGAUUUAGAAUCCGGAAUUGAGCAUCUUCUCAAACAGCUUCAACAAGUAAAUUUGCAAAUGCAAGCUUGGGUUUCAUCUGGAGGAUCUGAAAUUUUUUCUCAUACAUUGACUCGACAUCAAGAAAUUCUUCAGGAUCUUACUCAGGAAUUUAAUCGGCUUCAUUCUAGUCAAAGAGCUAAGAAAGAGCAUGCUUCUUUACUUGAGGAUUUUAGGGAGUUUGAUCGUACAAGAUUAGACCUGGAAGAUGGAGGUGGUUCGUAUGAUCAAGCUCUCCUCAAGGAGCGUGCUACCCUCAAUAGAAGUACAGGACAGGUGGACUCCGUGAUCUCACAAGCACAAGAAACCUUAAAAUCUCUCAUGUUUCAACGUUCGACAUUUGGGGGCAUUAAUUCAAAGCUAAGUAAUGUCAGCAGUCGGCUUCCAACGGUGAAUCACAUUCUCUCGGCUAUAAAGAAGAAAAAGUCCAUGGAUACCAUCAUCCUUUCCUUGCUCGCUGCUGUUUGCACGUUUCUCAUUUUAAUUUACUGGUGGACGAAGUAAGAAAACAUUGCGCGAGUGUACUGGUGGAACCUUGUGACGUGAUCUUUUGCUAGUUAUAUUGUUUAUACAUACCUUGUUAAGCUGUCACAAAUUUUUUGCUUUCUAUACUGGUAUUGGCUUCUCGGACAACACUGUAGCCAUUUUGUUGGCGAACGACACUUUGGUAAAUCUAAUCAGAUCGCAACCAAGUUCAACAAUGGCUUGUUUAUCACUGG